CAAAACUAGAAUAGGAGAACGCAUAGUUCCUAUAUCAACUUGGUAUCAACACGUUCUUUUAUGCUGCUUUUGUCUCUAAUCUCUAGUAUUAUUCUAACUCUCUAUAUCACAGAAAUCCAACCUCUUCAAAACAGCGCUAGCUCAAACACGAAUAAAAUCAGAACCACCAAACAAAAACCAAGAAAAUGGCAACACAUUUCCCUGUAGAUUUGUUGCCACUAAUACUAGUAAGAUUACCUGUCAAGUCACUUCUCCGUUUCAGGUGCGUUUCGAAAUCCUGGAACUCUCUUAUUACCAGCUCUUAUUUCAUCACAGCUCACAUUAACCACAACGAUGCCAACAACUGCCACGCCCUUCUGCGGUGUUACUAUCUGGAAACCCGAGAGGAUAGUUAUGCCCUGCACUCUGACAAUAAUAGUCUGGAUAAGAUUACAGAACUCGAUUUUCCAUCAGAAACUCGCGAGUUCUUUCACAUUAUUGAUUGUGCUAAUGGGGUGGUUUGCUUGAUGGAUAGCUACCAGAGAUACAAUACUGUGUUGCUGUGGAACCCUAGCAUCAGAAAAUUCCUAACACUUCCAAACUCUAAUUAUGAGCUUAGUACAGACGAGUUGAUGAAUACAACAUUAGGUUUUGGGUUUGACACUUUGAAUAACGAUUACAAAUUCAUUAGGAUUUAUCAUCCGAAUAAUGGCACCCUGAAAAUGGAUAUCUUCACACUUAGCACAGGUUGUUGGACUGAUAUUGAGAUCAGGAGCUCGCUUGCUCCUGUUAAAACUGAAGUGGCUACUUAUUUAGAUGGAGUUCUUCACUGGUUAUCAUAUAAUAAACUGAUUGUGGGGUUUAAUCUUGGAAAGGAGAAAUUCACAGAAAAACUGGUGUUGCCUGCAGAAAUAGAUGAUUGUUUCAUUGGAGUAUGGCGCGGAUCACUUUCAGCAUUUGAAACACAAGAUAGAGAUACUUACAAGUUAUGGGUGAUGAAAGAGUAUGGAGUAAGAGAGUCAUGGACGAAGAUGUUUGAAAUCAGAGGAUCCUGGAUUGUCAGAGGCAUAACACGAGACCGUGGACUGAUGCUCUUCCAGACUUUUCCAAGUAGGUACAUAGAUGCUUACGACCCUGAGACUAGACAUACUAAGCAUGACAUUCUUCACCUUAAGGAGCCUCUUAUUUCGUUGGAAAUGACACCGUAUAUCGAAAGUCUUGUUCUACUGAAUGAGGGAGACAAUGUGCCUACUCUAGAACCACUCGGAAUUUGAGUGAAGAUGAUUCAACAAAUUUCUAUCUUUGUCCUCUUCUACAGAUGCUUAUGUACUUUGAUCCAAGACCAUCGGAGAACUCUGAAGCUUUGUCCUGCCAAGUAGCUAUUAACAAAUGUCUGAACUUACUCAUCUUGUAAUGAUGCUCUGGUUUUCAUCCUUAACUUUACAGGAAGUAGAUGUAACUAUCAACGUAAAAGUUCAUGAAAUAUGGUAUUUUCUUUUUAAUCUCA